UUCGGUAUUGUUGUGAUCUAGAAAUGAAUGAAGUGACUUCAGACAGCAUGCUGUCAUUCGUUACGAACACGUUGUGUUGUGAAGUCGGGACUAGUGUACCGAGAACUAUGCCUCGAGUUGUUCCCGAUCAGAGAUCGACAUUUGAAAAUGAAGAAUUAUUUAGAAAACUUAGUCGUGAAUGUGAGGUGAAAUACACUGGAUUUAGAGACCGGCCCCCAGAGGAGCGGCAGUUACGAUUUCAGACUGAAUGUAGGGAAGGGCAUGCGGCCUUAGCAUUUGUUUGUACGGGAACAAAUCUUGAACUUGGUUUUUCUUCAAAUGCUUGGUCGGACAAAGAUGAGGACAGAGUAACGACGCGGGAGUUCGUGGAUUUUGACAGAGAAAGUGGAAAGGUUCACCUAAAGUCACAGUUUAUAUUGAAUGGUGUGUGUGUGAUAUGGAAAGGAUGGGUGGACUUACAUCGAUUGGAUGGAGUAGCGUGUUUAGAAUUCGACUCGGAACGAGCAGAGGUGGAAGCGGCGAUGCUGAGAGAUCAGAUAGAACAGUAUAACCGGCGGCUGCGCGAGUUUGAGGAACGGCAACGACAGUAUCGUCAGCAGCAGGAGCGACAGGCAGAGCAGGAAGCAGAGGGCCAGCUAUGGGACGACGAGUGGAGUUAGGCCUGUGUCACCAUGCAUGUUUUCUCCGUUGUCAUAGGGGACACAUUCAGUGUUGUGCAAUCGCCUCGGAUAUCUGUCCGUCUGUCCCUGCUUCCAACCUGGAGGCGCAGACCACCUCUUUCCUCUGCUCCAGUGACUGUUGUUAAGUGUUGUCAAGGCAAAACAUUUUCUCUGACACUUGUGAUAUUAUUUUUUCAUUAUUAUUAUGAUUUCAAUUUUUGUCUCAAAUUUUCAUUUUUGAACUUUAUGUGGCCACAAUAUUUCACUAGAACAUGAAUUAUUUUGAAUGCCUAUUAUGUUUUUCAUUCUCACUGCCAACAUUUUUUUAUGAAUGCUUUUCUGUUGUUUUAAGUUCCUGUUUGUUCAGUAUUGUGAGAUUUUGAUGUUGUAAAAUGGUAUAAAGAUCAUUCUAAAGUGUUGUAUUAAACUUUUCUCAGUCCAUAUGAAACUUUCUAGUCAUAUAAAAUGGACCGAGAUUAUGAUAUGUAGAUCAUUUGGUAACUUCCAUAACUUAUGCAAUGCCUCAGAAUGCAAGAUGUAGAUGUAAAGAUAUAUUUAGGGUGAGGAUAAACUGGUGAUAUGUACAUAGGAAAAUCUUCUUUUGCAUUAAGUUUAAGUAACUUUGUAAAACUUUAUAGACCCCUACAUAUCUGUGAUUGAGUGAAUGUGUCUGAAUAUAAUACCCAUCAAAUCAUAUAAAAUAUCAUAUAAUGUUUAAAUGAGUUGCUGAAAAUGUAUAAAAAUGGUUGAUUUAUGUGUGAGAGUACUAUAUAUGAUGAGAUUUAUGAAGGAGAAAGUGAGAGAAGUUUGGAAAGCUAGAAUGUGAGCCCCCCUCUUGGGGAGCAACAGAUCAGACUGUAGCUAUCCACAAGCCAACCCUCACACUCAUUCCUAUACUCUAAGAUGUGUAAAAAAUCAAUAAAUUCUUCAAAAAAGGUUAGAGUUAUCUCCCUUCAUAGUGUUGAUAUGAUACUGCUGAAUUGUAACAUAAAAUUCUAUAUAAAGAUUAUAUAUAUGAAUGGUUUAUUUUUUGUAAAAUUAUUAUAACCUUUCUGGGUCAUAUUACAAAGUUGAAUAAAUGUUU